CAUCCCACUUCGAAACUUGAUAUGGAGCCUUUCUAACUAAAUAUAUUAGAGGAGCCAAGAUGGCAGAAGAGAUGGAUACCGAGUCUGCGUCUCCGAGGGGCACAAAGAGAACGGCCGACGUGGCACAGCUACCGGAAGCUCCUAGAAGAAUCAAAGCGCUGUCCCAAGACGUCGUCAACAAAAUCGCCGCCGGUGAAAUUAUCGUUGCGCCUGUCCAUGCGCUUAAAGAGUUGAUUGAGAAUGCGGUUGAUGCUGGCUCUACUGGGCUAGAAAUUGUGAUCAAAGAUGGUGGGUUGAAACUGCUUCAAAUUACGGAUAAUGGGAGUGGUAUUGAUCGAGAGGAUCUAGCGAUCCUUUGCGAGCGCUUCACGACCUCGAAGCUCAAGGCUUUCGAAGAUCUGACUUCGAUUGGGACGUACGGGUUUCGUGGCGAAGCGUUGGCCAGUAUCAGCCAUAUUGCUCAUCUCAGCGUCACUACCAAGACGAAUGGGUCAAGCUGCGCAUGGCGUGCUCAUUAUGGUGAUGGGAAACUCGUUCCAUCUAAGCCAGGCCAGACUGCGGAACCGAAACCAAUUGCUGGGCGUCAAGGCACUCAGAUUACCGUCGAAGAUCUCUUCUACAACGUCCCAUCUCGUCGACGUGCUUUUCGGUCUGCUAGUGAGGAGUACGCCAAAAUUCUAGAUCUCGUUGGUCGGUAUGCAGUCCACUGUGCUGGCGUAUCUUUCACAUGCAAGAAGCACGGAGACUCCAACAUGGGCAUAACUGUACCUGCAAAUGCUAGCACUGUCGACCGUAUACGACAAGUCCACGGUAGCGGCGUUGCUAAUGAACUCAUCCAAUUCAAGGCUUCCAAUGACCGUUGGGGCUUUAAGUCAGAUGGAUGGGUCAGCAACGCAAAUUACAGUGUCAAGCGAACGGCAUUGCUACUCUUCAUUAACCAUCGUUCGGUCGAGUCUUCAAAUAUCAAGAAAGCAGUUGAGCAGACCUAUGCUACGUUUCUUCCAAAAGGUGGUCACCCGUUCAUCUACCUUAGCUUGGAGAUUGACCCCCAUCGUGUCGAUGUCAACGUGCAUCCCACCAAGCGCGAAGUCAACUUUCUCAACGAAGACGAAAUCAUUGAGAUUAUAUGUGAUGAGAUCCGGACAAGUCUAGGCAAGGUAGACACCAGCAGAGCUUUUAUGACGCAAAGCCUCCUACCUGGGGCGAAGAUUCCAUUAAUAUCAACAUCCGGUGUUCUCUCAGGCGAAGAUGAUGUAGAGAGCCCAGGCGUUUCCACACCGGCCGGAAAGUCUCAGAAGGCACCUGGUUCUAAGACCGCGACAAAGAAGCCUUAUGAGAACAACCUCGUUCGAACAGACGCUUCUGUACGGAAGAUCACGUCCAUGCUUGUGCAAACCCAACAUCCUUCCUCGGGCGGUGAUAUCACCGCCACCGAAGACAUAGAGUAUGAGGACUCUGAGAAGGAGAUGACCCUCUGCCGCUUAACAACUAUCAAAGAGCUUCGUUCCGACGUCCGUGAUGCCAUGCACAACGAGCUCACCGAUAUCUUCGCAAGCCACGCCUUUGUCGGCGUGGUUGAUGAACGGCGCCGCAUUGUCGCUAUACAAAGCAGCGUCAAGCUCUACCUCAUCGACUACGGCAUGUUGUGCAAUGAGUUCUUCUACCAAAUCGGGCUAACGGACUUCGGAAACUUCGGCGCCAUCCGUUUCAGUCCUGUCCUCAGUCUCCAGGAGCUCCUACAGAUAGCCGCCGCCCACGAGAAAGACAUGGCAGAGAUCGACGACGAGACUGACUGGGACGAAGUCGUUACCACGGUUCGUCAAUGCCUGAUUUCGCACAAAGACAUGCUUGCUGAGUAUUUCUCGAUUGAGAUUUCAGAGGAGGGAGAGCUGUUGGCAAUUCCCUUGUUCAUGAAGGGAUAUAUGCCGUCCCUAGCCAAAUUGCCCCAAUUCCUGUUACGUCUUGGACCGCAUGUUGAUUGGACGGAUGAAAAGGAAUGCUUCCGUUCGUUUCUGCGAGAGCUCGCGAGCUUCUACGUACCGGAGAGUCUGCCGUUACCGCGGACAUCUGAUGCGGAUGGAGUGGCCGAAGGAGUGGAGGAUGCAGAGAUCGCGGCCAGACGGAAACACCUCCUCAGGGCGAUUGAAUAUGUCAUCUUCCCUGCUAUCAAGGCGAGGCUUGUGGCUACGAAAGGGCUGCUACAUGGGCCGGGGGUCCUCGAGGUGGCUAAUCUGCCGGGGUUAUAUCGAAUCUUCGAGCGGUGUUGAGCAGCUGUGACACAGGUCAGGCAGAGCAAAGUAUGGGAGGUAGAGUGGAUGAUUCACGAAUCACAAUAAGCAACCGUGUCAAAAUUAUACGGUUCGUAAUGGCGACUGUAGUGCUGAUUAGCGUUUAAACAUUUUAGCCAUGUCGAAUCGCUAUGCUAUAGUUUUACCUUCUAUAUUGCGUAGGUGCCCUCGGCAUCCUCCCUUACAAUACCACCUUCUUCUAAGGUCCACACC